GUAAUAUGCACUGUGUUCAGUUCAGGUUGCUAAUGCAAAAUAUGUGGGUCACCAGACAGAAGUGACCCCGAAUAAUACUGAAGUGAUUGGGAGAAACCUAACUACAGCUUGUGCUCUGGAUAAAAUGUAUGAUAAACGACAAUACUACAGUAAUAACAAAUAGUGCGUUUAGCAGCAACCAAACACAGUUAGCAAAACUAGGUCGUAGCAGCCCACUCAGCCACAGACUAUACGCUUUAUUUUUAACGCAAGAGAGGGCGCGGCCAUAUUUGUUGGGGACAUCCGGGUUACUGGCUUCCGUUUUAAACAGCCCGUGUGUGGCUUAAAGCUGCAAACUAGUAUUUCUUAUCUAAUUUCAAUAUUCAUAAUCGUAAUCAUAAACAUACUGGUUUGUAGCACAAAUACCGUUCACUAUUCUUUUAGAUAUCUAUACUACUUUAGCGGAUAAUGAACCGGAAGUCCUCGUAUAAAAUAGCUCGCUUCUUCGUUGCCAAAUAAGGUGGAUAAAGAACACGUGUUUCAGCGUCCACAACGCUAGUUAAGCAUCUGACAGAACUAACUUACCUGUAACCAGACUGGCGCAGCGGCUCCCUCUAGUGUUGAAGUGCGAGACUUUUCUUAGUCAAGGUCAUCCGUUCAUUUGAGCGAGUGUGCGUUUGUUUACGUGAGAGACCUUGUUGACAACAUAUAUGACCACUGGACGGUAAACACACCAUCAGCAUUACCCUCAUCAUCCUCAACCAAUCGGAAUACAGCUAUGCCACUUUCCCAAAACAAAAAGAGUAACUUUGUCACUAUCCCUAAUCUGUUGAAGCACAUAAUAUCACACUCUCACUACACGGUCAUGCGGACUGCCCUGUUUAACCUGGGAACAACAUUUACCGCAUCCUGCGUUUUGCUCGAGACCUCUGGAUUUGGACGUAAAAUCCUUGCCCUACAGGAUUAGGGGAAACUGAUGACAUAGCCGAGGAUGGUUCGGGGGAAGUGUGAACUCAUCGCUCUGUGUCUGGGCAUCAUCGGUCUGAUCGGCGCCGUGGCCGUCACGGGCCUUCCCACGUGGAAAGUGACGGCGUUCAUCGGUGAGAACAUCAUCGUGAUGGAGACGCGCUGGGAGGGUCUGUGGAUGACGUGCUUCAGGCAGGCCAACAUCCACAUGCAGUGCAAGGUCUACGACUCUCUGCUGUACCUGCCUCCGGACCUGCAGGCGGCCCGCGGCUUGACGUGCUGCGCUCUGGCUCUGUCCGGAGUCGGGCUGCUCGUGUCUCUCGUGGGCCUCCGUUGCACGUCUUGCCUCGGAGAUCAACCUCGGGCGAAAAGCCUCAUCUCAAUGGCCGCGGGGGCGAUGCAGAUUUUAGCAUCCGUUUGCGUGAUCAUCCCAGUCUCCUGGACGGCCCACACCAUCAUUAGAGACUUCUACAACCCUCUGCUGAUCGACGCCCAGCGCAGGGAACUAGGAGAGGCGCUGUACAUAGGUUGGGUAACUAGUGCUUUUCUGUUGGCGUCGGGGAUUAUAUUUCUCUGUCGUCGCGUUGAUUCAAAACCCGGCUCGUUUCGCCCUCGUCCGCCGGCUAACAAGCCCAUUUUAAACCGCUUUCAGAACUUUAACGCUAUAAGACACCAGCCUUUGGUCCAGAGCAACGUUCUUUCCGUUCAUCAGCCUUCUCCGUCGGCGUUCAGCUACGCCAUUACGCCCUCUAGUGGCCAACAUUCACCCUGCAGCAUGCAGGCCAUGGCCACGGGGUCUUUAGUAUGCAGCAGGAACGGGCAGAAUCCGAGCUUUUACGGGCAAAACGUGAUCCAAUACGUACCCGGGGACACACAUUACCCGUGUCAGCUUUCCACACACUUUGAAGGAAGCGGCGGCAGCGACCCGUACGCUUCGUACGCCACCGGAUCCACGUAUCAUCCUGUGCCGCAGAAUCCUCUCUUCGUAGGGUACAACUACUCCAGGAUGCAGUCGUACCGCUCGGACAGCAGCUCCGGACUGCGUAUAUGACUGUUUUUGAUGUCCUUCCACCAGUUCUGACUGUUUUGUGGGAAUAUGAAGCUCUUCAAAGCAGCGAUUCUCAGCCUUUUUCAUCCCAAAGGCCAACAUUGUGAAAAACAAUAUUUAAUAGCGUAAUAGCAUGUCGAAAUAACUAAGUAAAAUAAUUAUAAAGAAUAUAUGUUCUGUCAUUUCAGCCGUUUCAAUAACGUUCAAUAAGUGUUCUGGUUUUACACUUUUUUUAACAAAUUGAUUUACAUAAAUUCUUUGCGGUUGUUUAAUCGUUUUUUUACUCAAAUAUUUUAAAAAUUUUACA